GCGCAAUUCCCUAAUCUAGUGCCGAUUAGCUGUUAAUCAUCUUAUUCUUCCAGCAAAGUAGCUGAGUCUUUCCUUUAGUUAACAAGGUUAUUCAAUAUGGAAGUAGCAGUAGCACUAGUAAUCUUAGCACUAAUAAUCUUUCUUCUUCUACUAAUAAUCCUUGGUUUCUGGGUUAUUCUACCUGUUGAUCAAAUUAAAGAAUUCUUAGCUACGAUUAUUAACGAUGCACAUUCCACAUAUAAGCUUGGAAUAGCAUCUAAACAACAGCCCAGCAGCACUCAUGACAAGGUUGCUACUCACUCACUGUACUACCGGUCUUUGAAACACCAGUAUAAGAAUGAGUCUAAUGACACUGGUACUGAUGAUACCGACACUGAGACCAUCACCAAUCGCACUGUCACUCCGUAUGAUAUCAAUUCAAAGGAGAUACCUGACAACAAGUCAUCGUUUGAGAGCUCUUCUCUGGAUGUGAUAAAUAACGAUAAAAAUACCAAAAGGAUCUCUGUUCGUAAAAAUGAGACAAAAGAUUGUGACAAGUCACCACCAAUUGAUACCUCGUUUAAAUGGCCUUCCAUGUUAUCUUCUUUACCUUCUCCUCCGCCAUCUCCCACUCUUUCUGCUCCUCCUCCUCCUAUUAGCACCACUAACGGGAUAAUAACUACUAGCAGUGAUGAAAAAACUGAGAUUUGUUCUGAAACCAAACUAAAGAGUAAAAAGAAAAAAAGGAAGAGAAACAGAAGUACCAGUCAGCCUCAAUCUCUACCGACCGAACAACGUCAAAAGAAACCGUCAGUGGAUAGACCAUACUCUUCCUUAAAGCCACAGCACCCAGACCGUCAAAAAUAUUCUUCUGAUAAACCUGAAAGGCCUGUACUGCCUGGUGCUAAUGUUAAAAUAGUUCCCAGAGAGGCUAGGGGAGCUAUUAGUCAGCCCCAACCAUCACUCUCUUGUCCUCUCCCACCAGCAAUAACAGUUCCAUCUGGUGGUAACCGAUCAUCACACUCUAUGGUAUCUCCUCCUUCUCUGCCUGUCCUUCAUCAUGGACGUAUGUCAUUAGAGUCCUCUUACUCUGGUCCUCCUCCAGUCCAACCACCUGCAGUUCCACCAGUUGUUGUAGUAAGAGAUGAAGCUGUUCAUGGUGCUAGUAAUGAGGAAGGAGGUGCUGUUAGUCAGUUUGAUUUGGUUAAGUUUGAACAUGAAAACAUGAGAGCCAUCGAUAAUGAGAGAGAUAUUAAUGACGACAACGAUGAUGAUGAUGACGAUGAUGAUGCUAGAGCUGCUUCCAGUCUUCAAUUGCCUGAACUAGUGACGGAGCAUGUACCGGUUCAGUCCAGCGCUGAUGCUCCUCCUCUUAUUGAUAAUGCUUGGGAGGCGCAGCAACCAAUUGAUGUCAAUAUGGAGCCUCCAACAGAUGAAAUGGUCAUUACUCCACUAGUCCUUCACUUCCCACAGACGCUACAAGAUGAAGCUGAGCUGGUCCUCCCUGAUUUGGAGUCUUUUAAGGAGCCACAAAGCUUUAUUGACUCUGGAGAUGACAUUAAUUAAGAAAGAGAAAUUGUGACUUACAUGUACAAACAAUAA